GUGCUGCUCGCCGAUCCAACAUGGCGCCGUAGAAACGUUGUUAUUGUUCCGUCGCUCACACAAGCUUUGGCUCUACGAGAGAAACUGCGCACAAAACGACGGCGCUACUUCGUGUGGGCAUGAGAGGAACAUCUGGAGAUAAUGUUAAGAUCCACCGGCUUCUUCCGAGGGAUUGACUGCCCGUUUUACGCGGAAUACACCGACGGGAAAGGCAGCAAAAAUGGGUGCAACAGACCGUACUGUCACUUCAGGCACAGCCGACAGAGAGUGUCUUCAUCCGGAGCUCCAGCAGAUGUUAGGAAGCACAGAGACCUCCACUCUGCACAGAAAGGUGCUGAGUAUCAUUUAUGUUACAUGGAAUCAAAUACUUAUUUACUUCGAGAGUCAGCUGCCAGGACAUGUGUGGGUGGACUGGAGCAAAAAAAAAGUUCCCCUUGGCUAAAGCAGGAACGGUUUCAGUUCAUUCCUCUCAGCACAGUUGUUGACAUGUAAAACAUCGUAAAUGUCUUCCUCCCUGAAGCUAAAAGAAAUGCAAAAACUUGGUCUAACAAGGAAAACUGUCGGCAAAAUAGGACAUAAAUUGAUCAUCAUCGCCUAGAGCAGUCCAGCAGAACAACUUCACUAUAAUGUAAAACCUUCAAGUUGAUGUUUUUUGACAUAAGACAGGUGAUUUUUGUUGUAACUGUGUAUUUGAUUGAUUCAUUGAAACUUUUAUUAACGUGUCAUGCCCAGCCUGAGUGGGCUUACAAGACACCAAAAGCAAAGAAACAUAAAAGCAGAUGAAAACCAGAAAACAGACCAUUUAAGCAUAUAAACAAUCCCGAGGUUUUUUUCCAAGCUUCAGAGACAAAGUGAGCUAACUUAAAGACAUUAAAGUUAAACAGACAGUUCAGUCUAACAUCAUCAGAAUACCAGAACAUUUCUGAGUUUUUUAACAGACAUUGCAGUAAAUUAUGGAGUUCUCAGUUCAUCAUGUAAAGGACAAUAUAACUCACUUUCCACCUAAAGAGAUUCCCUGUCCAACUCCAUUCCCACAACUGUCUCAAUCUCCUUUCUAUGUUAUACAUCCACUUCGCUUUUUUAACAGCACUCUUUAGAAAAUAUAAAAGCUGUGGUCUUCCCUGGUGGUUUUUCUAUACCUGAAAACUCAAGUCUGCAGGUUUUUUUUUUCUUAAUUGUCAAAGUUUAAAAUUCUGUUGAAAAUCACUGCAUGUAACCGUGUGGAUAGAUAAGACCAGACAUCAUUAUUCUCCAGAGAUUGACACUCGUUUCAGUUAUUUUACUUAGUAGAAACAAUAUGUAGGGAAAAUUUGAGCUCACUAUUUAAAAAACUAUGGGACACAAGAGAAUUUGAUCGUUCACAUGAUUAAAUUAACUGUAAAGCCCUGGAAAAUGGAGAAAUAUCUAAUUCUCUGGUGUUUGAUUCAAUAAAAAAUUCUUAUAAACAAUCAGUGGCGUUUUCGUGCUCCAGUGUCUCCCUAUCAAAAUAAGUACUGAAAUAUGGAAAGAGCUAAUCCUAUGUUAUCAAACUCGAUUCUGGAUUUCCCGUAAACAAAAUGACAACUAACAGAUGAUUGAUCCAUUACAAAAUGCUUCAGUAAUAUGACACGUUGGAAGUAGCUCAAAUACUACAAAUCCUUGAAUUCCAGUGAUUUAAAAAAACUGAUGGGUAUAUUUUCGUUGGAUGGGGCAGCUUCAUAAACUCAAGUCCACCUCUUGUAGAAAUCCUCUAAAAAGAAAUAAGUAGACUUCUUUAUGUUUUCAUCAGUCACUCUUGCUAAGAUUGAUUGUCUUCUCCUACAGAUCAAGGUUACGACCCCUUCAACCCUGAAGUUGUGAAGCCCCAGGACCAGCAGAAUGGAAAGCCUGCACCAUCAGGGGACCUCAGCGGCGCUCUGGAGAUGGUCAACAAGGCCAUCGAGGAGGUCCGCAGUGAGGUGGAGAGGGAGAAAAGGAAGCUCUCUCGAAUCGGAGACGAACCGUAUGACCCUAGUGAAAGCAGCACUGUGUCUACUUCUACCCCGGUCAAAAGUAAAGCACAGGCUUCACACAUGGCCUACGACCCUGGGAGUUAUCAGAUGACAUCAGGGGAUUAUAACCCCACCCCGAGCUGCAGCAAGUAUACCUUGGAUUCAGACAAGCAGGGGAACCUUGGUAACUCCAUGGAAUACGUCCCCACUUCAGUAAAAAAGGCUUCAUCUCGCAUACACGUGCACCAACCCUCCUCUUCUCCUCCUCCCAGCCAAAAAUACUCCAGCUGCACUUCCUCCUCUAAGUGUAAAUACACAGUGGACAACUCUAAACCAUCUACAGAUAUGGAAUAUGACCCCCUGUCCAACUACGCUGCAGGAAUUGCAGUAAAAAAUAAGAGAGAAGGUGGUGUAAAAGCUGUCAAAACACACAGUCUUCAAGGUUCAAGCUCAGUGGAUGAGGAGUAUGUUGUUGCUGUGAAAAAACCCCGACAGGACGGUAUAAACUCUAAAAAGUACACCUGUUCUGAAUCUGAUGAGGAGAGCUCUGGAACUGAGUAUCGGCCCACCUCGCUGAGUAACAUUCAACAGAGAAAGGGCAACAGUGGGUCUCUUAGGGACGCUGCAGGGAAGGAGAGAAAAGAGAUAUCUGAACGUAUUCAGAAUCAGCUGACACAGAAGAAUAAAGAGGACUCAGCAGGGGACUCAGACGUCCAGGAGCAUGUGAAGCGAAAAGAGAGCACUGAGAAAAAGAAAGAAGCGAGUCAAACUAGCCACGAGAAAAGUUGCAAAUCUGACCGAGUGCAUAAAGCUACAAAGGAAGGGAGCAAAACAGGUGGUAGUAAGAGUGGAAGCAGCAGCAGCAGCAAAGACAAAGUGUCAAUAAAGAAAUCAGACCAGGACUCUGCAAAGAAAGAGAACCAGAGUCAUGGGAAAAGAGACGACAGGAAAAACACGGUCAAGGUUAAAACCUCUGAUAAAGUUCUGAGGGAAGGAAGAGAAGAAAAGAAAAGUGGUGAUAAGAUCAAAGCUGUGGAAAAAGUAAGAACAGACUCAAGCAAACGAGAUCGAGAUGCAGAAAACGGUGCGAGGGAAAGCAAAAAACCUAAGCUGUCUGAAAAGGAAAAGGACCACAAGAAGUAUAAAGACCACCUUCACAAAAAUGGCAAACUUGAUAGCAGUAGAAGAGAAAAGGAUGGAAAGAAAAUAAGCAAAAGCAGCUCUGGCAGCAGCAGUCAUAGUAAAGGUGGUUCUGCAAACAGCAGAGACAAGCUGAAGCAAAAUCAGAGCUCUGCAAAUGGGAAAAGUAAAGAGGCCAAGCAUCGAAAUCGAAGUUUCAGCCAUGUUGAUCUGUUUGGAGAUGAGAGUCCAGAUGAGGCUGAGCCGAUCAUGAUAGAUGAUUCAGAUGAUGACGAUGAGGAAGAAGAAGUGCUGGUUAGAAAAUCUGCUGAUGCUCUAAAAAGGAGUCAUUUGAAUAAGAGGAAAGCGUCAGAACUGACCCCGUCAUCCUCGGAUGAAGAGGACAACGGUGGUGUUGAGGACAGCAGGACAGGUAAGGAUGAACUGGACAAUGUUGGAAUUGACUUCUCCAGUUUCCAUGACGAUUUGGACUUUGAUUCGGAUCCCAUGGAGGAGUGUUUGCGUAUUUUUAACGAGUCCAAGGAUGUGAAGAGGGAAGACAAGGGAAGGCAAGCUAAGCAGGUAUUAUUGUUUCCAUUAUGAAUAUUAUUCCUUGUAACUGCCACAUGUUGGUGUCUGACUUUUAGUGUUCAUAUUUUGUUAGAGACAGAUUUUGAGACUAAACAAAAAUUCUUUGUUGCCCCUCUCAGCCUUCUCGGGAUGUGGAAGAGGAGAAAAACACAGAGAGCACUUUAACUACUCUCUUUCCUGGUCAAAAGAAGAGAGUCUCUCAUUUUGUUGCCAAAGGAAACGUGAGUUUGUCUCGAUAACACCUGUGUCUUUCUUUCUUCAUUCAGUUCACAGCACAGCUGAGAUGCAGUUAGUCCAAAGUGAACAGACAGUGAAUGUUUCAGAGAUGAAGACAGUGUUUCAUUAAGCUGUAGCCUUUAAAAAAAGAGAACAAAUACUGUGGCCAUGACAACACACACGGACCACAGAGGAACUGUAUGAAACAAACAAACAGGGACAACAGUGUUUGCUUAAAACUUAUUCAAACAUGAUGGUUCUGCCUCUUUGGUUGAUGAGCAAUUAGAAUGAAACAUUAUUUACAAAACUGUGGAAAACUUCAUCAUAAGGUCUGCUUCAAUGCCAUCAAACCUAUAAUAGAGUGAAAAGAAAUGAUAAUAAUGAUAUAUGUCAUUUUAAUUGAUAACUCAGGGCUCUUUCUUGUUAUCAGGGAUAACAGCUGGGUUGCCUGUUCAAACAGUUUCAUUUAUCUCUUUAUAUUGAGAAAACAGAUAAAGCUUGUUUCUGUGUGAUAACCAGGUAAUUCUCUGGUAGUCUUGAUAACAAAACAGCAUCAGGGGUUAUUGUGCAUGUUUGUAUCUCGAGGGCAGGGGUGUCAAACUCAACCACAGCAAGGGCUAUAAUCUGGAUUUUGGUCAGACCUGAGGGCCAAACAGGGUCAACAUUUCACCCAAACUGUCAACCUCCUUUUCAAAAAAUAUGUAACAAAAACAUUGAUUGUAAAUCAUUUGGAAAUUCAAAAAAGAUAAGUUUAAAGGCAAUCUGAGACAUAAAAAAAAAUUUUAUUCUUAUUUUUUAUUCUAUUUUAUUUAUUUGUUCAAAAGAUCAGAGCAUGAUAUUAAAAAUAGAAAAUAAUGCUUUUAAAGAGCAGAUACAUGAGGAGAACAUUGAGAUCAGCUUUAAAAGGUCAAAAUAUGAUUUAAAAUGUAAAAUUUGAAUCUAAAGUAUAAAAAUGAUAUAAAUCUAUAUACUCAGUUGAACAAAAUCAAAGCAUUAAAUAGAAAAUCCAAUCAUGUUUGACUUGUAAUCUUGAAAUGCAAAUUGAAAACAUGAAAUAAAACACCAAAUAUGUUUUUCCCACAUUCUUGAUUAUUUAUCAAAUCUCCCUUAUUCUUUAAUUUCCCAGAUUUCUGUAGAUUAUUAAGAAUAUUUUAAAUAAUGGUGCUAAAGUUUAUAUUAUUACACUGGAGGAAAUCUGCAGACCUCAUACUGGUGAGCCAAUAAUAAAACAAAUAUGAUACGAUCUUGUGGGCCAAAUAUAAUUGUUCCACGGGCCAGAUUUGGCUCCUGAGCCUUGAGUUUGACACCUGUGCUCUAAGGGUACAAAUCAUGGUCGUCUUAGGUUCAGUCCAAAUCCUGAGACAUGAACAGAAAUUGACUCGUUAUUGUUGGAUGCACGUCUGCGUAGUGAGGGAGUUACUUCUAUUCUCAGAGAACAGUCAGAUUACACUGCAUGGACCACCACACUAUAAACUAUCAUACAGUCACAGGGUCAAUGAUGAAAGUGGGUAUUUAAGGAACGACUUGACUCAUCUUAGUCUAUGUAUUUUAGGAACAUAAAGUACUUACUACAGUUUUUUCUGUUUUAAUCAGACUGAUGCACCUUCAAAGACUGUAGUGCAGCCGUACAGACGACUCACAGCGCAGGAGGUCUGUUACCGGCGUAUGCAGUUGGCUCAGCAGCAAGCUUCUCAGCUCUCUGCCUCGGUCAAAACCUCCCCGCAGAGCUCCAGUUCCAGCUUUUCUGGAGAGAAGAAGAGGAUAGCACAUCGUCCAAACCCACAAACAACAUCCUCCAAAACAAGUACCAGUGCCUCUUCAGCUUUUGUUGUGUAUUUCUGUUGGAUUGUGUUGCUUUGCUCUGGUCACUUGGGUUCAGGUCUCAAAGAAUUCUGUUUCUCAAUGUUGGGCAGACGUCAAACCAGCUGCCAGUCGAGCGUUGUCCCCCAGCCACUCCCAUCAGACCAUCAAAACCCAAACCACUGCUGGUAUCUUGCCCAAAACCAUGUCCACUGCCACGCAGAAGAGGGUGGCACACACACCCACCAUGAAGGUAUCCUUUGGCUUCAAAAUUCCUAAAAUGUCAUGAUGGAGAGGGCUCAUCUUCAAACAAUGACUCUUAUCUAAGUGUAAAUGUGUGUUUUGACUUUUACAGAGCAGUUCGAUGAGGCGACCCGUUAUCCCCACUGAGUUCGGGGCCAAAGUUCCCACCAACAUCCGCCAGCGCUACCUCAACACCUUCAUCGAUGAAUGUGUGAAAUUUUGCUCAUCAGAAGAAGUGGCCUUCCAGAUGGUAAGAGUAACACAUUAUUCUUGAUGCCGAGGAAAUUUAACUCCUGAUUGAGUUCAACAAAGGUUUUGUUUGGCCGCAGUGGCCCAGCUUUCUGACCAGCUGUUAAAAAAGACAAGAAUAUGUGACAUGAAAACACAUCGAAAAGAAAUACCCAAGUUUUGUCCAGUUGGUGUGUCAAUGAAAAGUUUGAAUCGUAAAAGAAAAACAAGCUCCUGAUGGAGAUUUGUUACUUCCAGGCCCUGGAUGAGGAGAACCUGGUGUAUGAUCGUAGUAGCAGUAAAAACAUCUACCUCAACGUAGCUGUCAACACCCUGAAGAAGCUCCGCAACAAGAGCAGCUCCAACCCACCUCCUAUCACCAGUAUGUUUCACCUGUACCUGAGUAGUAAAAAACACACUUGCUAUAGAUCAUAAGUGUCUCAUGCUCUCAAUGCAAUAUUCUGUGAUCGUUAUGAUACAUUUUAGAUGUAAUUUCUCUGUGUUUGUAUUUCUGCAGAGGAUUCUGGGUCGGCCUCCAACAGGAAGGCUCAGUCCCAUGAGGAGGUCCUGGGAGGUCGUCUGGCUGCUACAACCAGCUUCACUGUCAACAGGACGGGGAAACAGCAAGAGGAGAAACUUGUUGGUAAGAGAUUCAUGUCAAGAAAAGUUUUUUUUUUUUUUUCCACAAUAGAAAUGAACUUGAAAUACCAAACGAAGUGAAAAAGAAAAGAGGAAGUAAAAAAAAAACCCAUAUGCCAAACAGAAAGCUGCUCAGUGUAGCGUUGGGUGUCAUUUAACAGUAAGUACAAAACUGUUUGUAUACAAAUGUGACAUCCUCCAGGUGCUGUUUACAACCAAACUCUCAACCCCAUGACUCAAUGUGAAAGUGAUUUGUUUAUUUUUUUUCCAAAAACAAACUGUAGGUUGUUAAUUAGAUCGAUAAGAAGUUGAAAUCCCGCUCAGUGGAAAAUCUACUAACUCUAGACUCUAUAACAGCACGGUAUGCUAACUGGCCAGCAGCAGACAGGAAGGCUCUCCAGAGAGUUAUUAACACCACGCAAAAAAUAAUCUGACUCCCCCUGCCCUCAUUUGAGGACACAUUCAGAGCACGCUGCUUACGCAGAGCCAGCUGCAUCAUGACGGAUGUAACUCACCCCUACAAACACCUCUUUAUCCGGCUGUCGUAUGGGAUGUGUCAGGAAGACCAAUACAUCUAGAUCUAAAAACAGCUUUUACCCCAGAGCUAUUACUGAACUGAACUGGAUACGAACACUACCCACUUCCACCAUCAGCACAAGUCCUAGAAAUGCAAAACUAUUCAUAUUUAAUGAGCUGUAACCCCCUUUGUGCCUGUAGGGGUACCUGCUGUGCCAUUAUACCUCAUGUACAACAAUAUUUAUUAUGGUACAAUGAUCAGGUGCACGGUCACAGAGAUAGAGUGGUAAUUAAAAACUUUGAUGACAUACACAUCCUAUACUGCACUGAAAACUGCACUAUAAGGCAUCAGUUAACUCAUUAAGACCUGAACCCUGUCUGAGACACGCCUCUGAAAUCCUGAGGGCCAUUUUGAGAAGGGCCCCCAGAUCCUGAGGUUUUCUGAAAUGUUGAGGUUUACAAAAAAGCUGAUAUCUCAGCCCCUGUAGCAGAUAGAAACAAAAUUCAAAAUGUAUUUGAGAGCUUACACGUGUGGCUUUUAAGAUAACUGUCUUUUGUUUGUCUGAACCUUCAUCAGAUUAUUGAAAACUUUGAACAAACAAUCUCAAAUGAAAUAAAGCAGCUGUAUAAAUAAAAGUAAAGACUGCACUGGAGAAACACAAACGGUUUGCUUUCUGUAAAACAAGUGGCAGUCAUGAUAAGGUUUCCAUUCAAUACAAAUGUAAAUAUAAAAAAAAAUAAGGUGUUGAAAGGGUAUACAGCUGCCAUAGCAUAAUUCUCCUCUGAAGCUGCUCUCUGCCUCCGUCAUUGUUUACUUUCCUCAUGAGUCACAUAGCAAGAUCCGAGCAUGAACCUGAUCGCUUUAUUAAGCUUCAUUAGCCUGUCAGAGGCAGAUGGGUGUGAUGAUUUGAUUCACCACGACUCCAGAAAUGAUUGAAAAACUACAGAAUGUAACAAAAUGACGUAUCCGCGCCCCUGGUUCGAAGGGUAGAAAUACGCAGCAGCGCCGCCGGCUUGGAAGGUUGAAAUGCGUACACACUUCUCCCAGCUUCAAGGGUUGAAAUACCUACGUGCACCCGGCUCCCGGAGUAGAAAUGCACAGCUGCGCUCCCAGCUUGAAAGGUUGAAAUGCGGACAUGCUGUCCCAGUUUAAACGGGUUAUAUCCCAUCCUCUCUUUGAAAAAAACACAUGAAGUUAAUUGAUCUUGGAAGGUUUGAGUAGCUGAAGCUGUAGAUUGUUUUUGCUGUUGCUUUUACACAAGUGUUUUCCAUGCAGACUUAAUGAUUAUAGAGGAAGUUUGUCCAAGCCUAAACUUCUCUUAAAUUUUAGUCAUCUUUAAAGUGUCUUUGUUCUACAGUCUUUCCUCUCAAACAUAUUCAUUAUGACUUAUUACAUCUACCGGUUGUAAACACUUUUAUGGCGUGUUUUCUGACUUCACUGUACAGAUCAUAAAAAACACACAUUUCAAUGUGACUCUGUUCCUGCAGGAGCCACGCUGUUCAGGAAACUGAAGGCGUACCUGAUGACGGAGGAGCAGCUUCAGGAGCACAACUACCCGAGGGCGAACCCCGAGGCUGCAGGCAGAGCUGUUAUUUACAACCUACCUGAGAAAAAAGCCACCACAGACCGUGAGUUACGAUACACACCCCACAAAUUCCUCUCAGACUCCCAUUGACCAUGACUUAAUCAUCGUGACACUGGUAUGUGUGGCUCAGCGAAAUUUGACUUUCAGCUCUGUAAUGUGUCUCCAGCUUUCUCCAAGAUUUGCUGCCGAUGUGGAGCGGAGUAUAAAGUCAACGUCAACGGCAGCUGUGUUCGUAAAGAAGAGUGUAGCUUUCACUGGGGGCGACUGCGUAGACAAAAAGGUCUGUCUGUCGGUAUUUAUUCAGAUUAUCAAUGAACAUCUGUGUCUUCUGUCGUGAAAAUGAUCCUGCCAAAUGUCUCUGUGUCAGUUUCUUUGAUUUAAUAUGAAUUGUUCUUUUGUCAGUGGCUGGAGCAUGGGAGACAAACUACAACUGCUGUGCUGCUGCUGUUGGUACUCCAGGCUGUCAAGUUGGCAAGGUAUCAUCUUCUCAGACCUUUACAUUGCAUUAAAAACAACCAAAAUUAUGGUUCGUCACAGCGAAGUGGACUGAGGUAGAGAUGAGACUGGAACCACUUUGUGGAAGAAAUCAUUUACAACAUGAAAGAUAGAAAAAGAAAUGGCACCAGUAGUGAUUUUAAUAUCAAUAAUAGUGUCCAGCUCAUUCAGAGUCAGAAGUUGGAGUUACAUUUGUUGUGUAGAAAACAGUUCUAACUGUUCAAUAAGCCCCGAAAUGUUUCAUUUUCCCACAGCAACAUGUCCAGGACGGGCGCAAAGAAUCAUUUGACGGCUACGUCACGACGUUCAGUAAAUCUCUCCCACUGGAUGGAAACGCAGGAGUGUUCGCUUUGGACUGUGAGAUGGUGAGCCAGUCUGAGAAUUGACCUACGGAAAGAAACUGUGAUCAAAAAUCUAAAACUUCAAAUUUGAUAGAGAAACUAUCAAGAACUGUAUAAAAAGAUGGACGUGACAGCUUCAUGAAAAUGAAGCCAAAACAUGAAGUUCCAGCUGUAUUACAGACCAUUAAGCUGUCUCCUCCAUGUAAUCAGAUGGGACAUGGGUCAAAUUACUAAACCAAAAUACACAUCAGCUAAAAUUCUAAGUCAUGGUUUCAAUCAUUGUUCUAAUCUAGCUGAUUAGUUUAGUUAGUUGAUGUUAUAAACUGGGUUUUGAUUGAGAGCUCAGUUGGGCUUUAAUGGUCUAUAACCUGGACCUGAUGAGCAGAAGCUGCAGAUCCUCAUGGAAAGAAUAAAUUAUAUACUCUGGCCUAACAGUUGUGUUGUUAACAGCCUCUGUUAUGUAAUCUCAUCGACCAAAAGACUGUCACAGUGUAAUGGUAUUUAAAGAAUCCAUACAUAUAGAUAUAGAUGUCGUCCUAAAUAUGAGUAUGCAGUAACACUGCCUAAGUAACUGGUCCACAGCAGGGGGCAGUAGUGAGUCUUUACUCGUGUUGCUACCUGCCAAAAAAUAGGUGACAAUGAAGAACAGGCAGGAGUAGAUAGACAUCCAGAUAGCUAAUAUAUACAGUGUAGUGACAGCCCUAAACUAAGCUAAAGAGGGAAUAAUGAGACGAGAUGUAGUGAAACAACACUAAAAAGUCUCUGAACUUUAAGUAACAUGAAACUUCAAACUCUCACAAGGAACUGCUCUCAGCUGAGGGUCUGUUGUUGUUUUAUCUAUAAGUUUGUGUUUGGAUUGGGGUCAGGAUGUCAGUAUUUCCCCACCAGAUGAUGAGUACUGUGCAGACUCUGACAGGGCCAUCCAUUUUUAUAUACGUAUUCAAUGGCUGGAAUAAUUAUUCACCUCUGUUUGUCUGUUUUGACUGAAAAAUGUCUCGUGUUGUUUUUCUCUUUUGUGACAGUGUUACACAAAGCAGGGCUUGGAGCUGACAAGGGUGACGGUCAUCAACUCUGAGUUAAAUGUCAUCUAUGAUACGUUUGUCAAACCUGACAGCAAAGUGGUCGAUUACAACACGAGGUGAGUGUGUCACCAGCGGCUCGACUCUGCGUGUGUGACAGUUGUGCGUGUGUAAAUUUGUCCCUGUGACCGGCACAGAGGUGUAAAGUCAGGAUGCUCUCUGUCUCUCAGGUUUUCAGGAGUGACAGAGGAGGACUUGGAGAACACCACCACCAGUCUGAGAGACGUUCAGGCCGUGCUGCUCAGUAUGUUCAGCGCUGAAUCCAUCCUUAUAGGACACAGUCUGGAGAGUGACCUGCUCGCUCUGAAGGUGCACCUCAUCGUACUUCAACAAAAAGAAACACUAACUUUCAGACGCCUUUGAGUCUCUGCUGAAAUGAAAGUAAAAUAAAUGUUUUUCUGUCCAUUUCUUCCCUCCAGCUGAUUCACAGUUCAGUCGUAGACACAGCCAUUGUGUUCCCUCACCGACUUGGCUUACCUUACAAACGCGCUCUGAGGAACCUAAUGGCGGAUCACCUCAAGCGCAUCAUUCAGGACAAUGGUGAGAAAAAGCCUUGUGAUUAUAGUUGUGCAUAUCAUAUUUUAUUACCUGUUUGUGCAGAUGGUAACAUUCGGACCGUGCUCUAACUUGUGGCAGUAAAAGAUAUUUUGACAUUAUAAGGAUUUAAAAACAAAAGCAACGUGGAUAAAUUCUGAGAAAUCGGCGACCAUUUGAGUCCCCAUGCUGCGGAAAAAUGUUGUUGGUUUUUGGGAUAAAGGUCUUGAGCGUUUCAUCCCCAUUAACUCACAGAUAAAUACAUAAUCCUCUGUCACAUUAACAUGGCCCCAGUUACACAAACAGACCCCCUCAUCCACAUGCUGAGCACAUUUCUGCCCCAAAGCAUAAUCCCAUAAUCUCCAUAUGUAACCCACUCCUGUCUGACUCCACAAAAACAACAACCUUAAAUCAACUGAUUGAUCAUUUGACAUCAUUUGACAUAAAGUCUGAUUUAUUCCUCCAGUCAGGUAUCAUGUAUUUUCAACGUUGUAAGGGCUUCUCAACAGCCGCACCGAGGCCUCAGUCCCCCCAUGAAACAAUAAGGUUAAAAGUCUUACAAUGUAGGUAGUAGUAGUCAGUAAAAGACUAAAAACAAUGCUGAGGAAAGUGUUAUAGUUUGUCCAUUUUUAUACAUCUCAAAAUUUAAAGCUUUAAAUCCUCGUCCUACAAAUGCAGUGUGUUCAGUUGCACUUCAUUCAUCUCACCACUAGAUGUCACCCCUGUGCUCUGUGCCCUCAGGUCUGAGUGUUCAAAUCAUGUACAGCAGAGUGUGCAGAACAGUUAAGCUUUUCAAAGCCUCAUUUUUCACUCAGUAUGAAUGACGUGCUCAUAUUUUCUGUUCUGUCAGGUAAUGUGAUCAUUUCAAAGUUCCCUAAAAAAGCUGCUGCUGCUCUGGGGAAACUCAGCUGUGCAGCUUCAUCCUUAUCCAGCUCCGACUGGUUUAGGCUAGAUUCUAAAAACUAACAAAGGAAGCACCAGAGAGGCUGCUAUUAUAUUUUUAAAAACAAAGUCAUUUCCCGGAUGAUGUGUCUUUGAUACUCGGUGAUCCUCUGUUUUUUUUUUCUGUUACGUUUACGUGGAGUUGGGAAGCUUUAUCAUGAAUUAAGUUCAACACAUUAUGGCACGUUUACUCCGUGAUUUAUUAUACAUGUUUCCUUAUUUUAAUCUAAAAGGGAAUUUCUGCAAAAGUUUGAUUCUAAAGCUCCUGUGAAGAUUUUUGAGCUGGCAGUAACAGAGAGUGAAGUUUAAAGGCUGUAACCUCUGAGACAAAGUCUGCAGCGUUGUCGUCAGAAGGCUCCUCAUGGGAUCUGGGCUCCUGAACGACACGGGGGAGCAGCGUCCGCCUCACAACCAGUCAGGAUGGGGGAGACGGGAAAUGGCUUUGUUUACAGUCAGAAAGAGCGGAGCGCUCUGAAAUUUUAAAAUGUUGACUACACAGACAUAACAAAACACAGCGAUAUCGUGAUAUUACCAAAUGUCAUCAUUGACUAAUAGCUAUUGACUGAUAUUAAAAGCUUUUUUGUUUAUACACCACAAAAAAAGAUGCUUCUUUAACAGAUUCCUGUCUACCCCACCUUUUAAGAUAAAAGUUCAUGCAAAAUAAAUGACAGUCUCAUUAGCAUCUACUGGGCUUUCAAUGAAUGAAUGAAUGAAUGUUUGAAUAAGGAAUCAAUCUAAAGAAAAAAAUCUCUUUUUUUUGCCACAAAGUUGCACAAAUGCUCCCUCUUUUUUCAUACGUGUUGCCUUUCCAAGUCAUUUGUAAUAUUUAGCUGAAGACUCGUGUCGCUUUCUCCACAAAAUCAUCAUUUUUCAGUCAACUUUCAUGCUGCUCUCCCAGCAUGUCGGGGAAAUUAAAAGUCUCAUUUGCGCAUGUGAUUGCAGUGGAGGGCCACGACUCGAGCGAGGAUGCGUCUGCCUGCAUGGAGCUGAUGAUGUGGAAGAUCAAGGAAGAUGCAAAGGUCAAAAGAUGACCUCUGACCCUUUCAAUGUACUUUCCCAUCGGUCAACUUCCUGCCUUCAUGUUGGUCUCGAGAAGGAGGUGAAGUUCAGGACGCCUGAAUUUCUCCCAGAGGUCAGAGUGUCGAUGUUUCUGCCUAAUAAAUAAAAGAAAACUGUCGGUCAAAGCAAUAGGAGCCCACACAAACAGUGUUUUUAUUUGCUUUAAAGUAUUUCUGUUCUAAAUAUUACUUUAUAUGUAUUUCUGUUGAUCUGAUCAGUGUCUUUUAAGGCCUCAAACCUUUUAUGAAUAAAACCUUUCUGAAGACUUCACAUGUCAGGGCAUUGUCCACGUAACAUUGAUGGUUAAUAUAAUAAUCACGCCAGGCUGUGUCUUCAGCCUUAAUUGCACUAAAGGAAACGCUCUUAUUUUAUAGGGCCUGAGUCGAAGUACCUCAUCUGUGUUAUUAAGCAUCGACUUCUAAUGAGCGACACGUUAUUGUGUGUAGGUACACUAAAGUGCAUCUAUGUCUGUCUUCCUGUAAAUGCACUUGUGUUUUUCACGUUGUACCUCGUUUUCUUGUCACUGAUGCUCUGUACAUGGUGCAUUUCUUAUCGAGUUUGUUGGUCAGCCUUAACCUGACUAAUCCUAUAUUACUUGAUAAUAUAAAAAGGCUCUGCUACUACCUAUUUACUUGAUGGAAUAUAUCACUGUACUCUCGUAGUUCAGAUAAAACACUGACCACCUGCAUGAAAUAGAUCAGUAGGAAUCGUUGUGAUUGCAGGUCUGAUGUGUUGUUUCUCCAUAAAGACUCAAAAGUAGGUUCAGCGGUGUUGAAUUAGGACUGGGUUAUUAGACACAUUUAUCAUUUAGUGAGUACCAGCUAACUUGUGCAGUUUUAUGUUCAAAUUGACUGAAAAAGUCCUAGACUGCUGUAAAUAUGCUGUAAGCAGUUUCUUUUUGUAUAUGUUUAUUUUUUGUUGUUUAUCUUUUUCUAUUAAAAGGUAUUAGUUAAAAACGAGACUGCUUUGUUUUUUUUACACCUGUACAUGAGUAACUAGAGUGCAGUUUUAAAGCUCCAGUGAGGAGUUUUAAGCUGCUGAUGGAUGACAACAUAAUUGACAGUUUUAAAAUUGUAAUUUUCAAUGCCUCUAACAGGGAUGGGAACUCGGUUUUGAGACUUGGACUCAAGUAGCACUUGUGUCACACACUAAUACAACAUCAGACUGGACUCGGAUCUGGGCUUUGGGAUGUGAGGACAGCCUUUUUUUGUAACUGGUUGCUGCUGCUCUCAGUUUUUCUAGUGUCAUCACAUCAGGUGAUGCUCCACAAACAGAUUAUUUGAGGUUCUGCUUAUUAGUUCUUCCAAAAGCUCAGAUACAGAGAGGCUUGAAGAGACUAAAGGAAGGAUAGCCAUCAGAUGGCCACUUGGGUGGUAAGCCAACCAUGCUUUGAUAGUUGGCUAUAGCCACCUGUAACUACUACUACUGAACAGAGGUACUGCUUUGUCCAUUGAGGGUGUGAAAAAGAGAGUUGCUGUAGAUUUUUGUAAACCAAAAAAAUACAUAAAUAAAAUAAAAUAUGUAUAAAUAAUAAUAAAAUAAAAUAAAAUAAAAUAAUAUGUUUUUUUCAAAAAGGGAACAUGCAAGAACUGCAAGGUGAAAUUGUGAAGUAGGACGAUGAAGAUGUUAGUCAGGAAACAGACUAAAAAUGCAGAGGUGGAAACAAACAAACAAACAAAACAAAAAACAGCCUGGUGCUUUAACUCAUAACCAUCUGUGGGAGAAAUAUGGAAAGAAGUCCUCAGAUGGUUGAUUUAUUUUCAUUUCAUUCAUUUUAACAGGCUGUUUAAUAUCUCAUAUCUUGGAGAUCUCUUCAGCAGAUUAAUUUAUCCCAAAGUUGUCUGGUUGUAAUGAUUCCUUCACUUGUGGGACUGAUGAAGGAGUAUCUUAUCUUAAAUGAAUGAGUCAAACUCUUACUGUCGAGUUUUUCAGAUGACACUUUUGCUCCUGGACUUUUUUCCUGACUCCUUUUUCCACCGGUUAUUGCCCUUGUAUCUCGUGUUUACUCUCUCCUCCUCUGCUGCAUAAAUAGUUUCUGACAGUGUGACAGAUUUCUCUGCGUACAGUGCCCGGCCUCUCCCGGUUUAGAUGUCUCUUUAACAGCAGGUGCAGCGGCUGUAAUUCUCCUCUUUCUUCAGCAGAUGUGUAAAUUGUGAAAACUGAGAGGCCCAUCCUUUCUCUGGUCUGUUUGCCUGUUAAGCUCCUCACGUCACAUGUCAGGAUGCAUUUCCCCCGGCUGGGUCUCGGACCCCAGGUAUGAAAAGAGCCAGUUAGCGAGGAUCAAUACCUACACAAUGUUGCAGUGACAGGGAGGGGGGCUUCCUAGUGUUUAUUGAGUGUUGCAGAGAUUUUGAACAUGUGGAGCAAAGCAGCUUAGAGGGGUCGUCUUCAUUAUCAAAUUCGAUCAGCGCCUCUCUCUCUCUCCCUUGCUCCCCCGUGAUCACCUUUGACUAGCGGGGGUCAUGGGGGGACAGCAGCAGGUCACGGCUCUGAAACCAGACCCCAUGCUGUGAGAUGAAGAGCUGUAUUAUCUCACAGCAAAGACACUUCACUGGAUACCUCCUCAACACUCUGAAACUAUUAUCUGAUGGAUGAGCUGAUCUCUUCAAAACCGUCAGGAGCUGGUCUGAUCAUGGAUUUUUCUAUAAAACCAAGUAAUCUUGGCUUUUCUGUUUUCUGACAAACUGAAUAUCUUUAAGAGAUGUCACCUCAGAUAAACUUGUGUUUUGCAGACCAAAAGCUCAACC